AUGUCAGCCAUAUUCAAGGCAUUGUCCGAGAAAUCGUCAUCAAAAACUAGAACAUCAACUAAACAGAGCUCUAUCAAUAAACAAAAAGUGUUGAUUAUAUCAUCAAGAGGAGUAACGUAUAGACAUCGCCAUUUAAUUAAUGAUUUAAUAAGUUUAUUGCCUCAUUCAAAGAAAGAAAGCAAAGUUGAUUCAAAGAAAAGAUUGGAUGAAUUGAACGAAAUUGCAGACUUGUACAACUGCAAUAAUAUACUAUAUUUUGAAGCAAGAAAACAUCAAGAUUUGUAUUUAUGGUUAUCCAAGCCUGAAUUUGGACCCACAUUAAAAUUUCAUAUUCAAAAUAUUCACACAUUGGACGAAUUAAAUUUUAGAGGAAACUGUUUAAAGGGAUCCAGACCAGUUUUAUCGUUUGAUAAAAAAUUUGAUCAAAGCAUACAUUUUUCCAUAGCUAAAGAAUUGUUCAUCCAAGCUUUUGGUGUUCCCUUGAGCUGCAAAAAACGAAAACCGUUUAUUGAUCAUGUUAUGACAUUCACUAUUGUUGACAAUAAAAUCUGGGUUAGGAAUUAUCAAAUAAGCGAAACUAAUGCUGCUGAACACAAUUUUGACAAUCAAAGUAAAGGGGAGUUGAAGAUUGACGAUUUGUCAUUGAUGGAGAUCGGGCCCAGGUUUGUGAUGAACUUGAUAGUUGUAUUGCAAGGCUCGUUUGGUGGAAAGAAGAUAUAUGAAAACAAAGAGUAUGUCAGCCCAAAUGUGGUCAGAAGUCAACUCAAACAACAAGAAGCUAUUGCUGCGAGAGAACGAGCUGACAACGCUCUCAGGAGAAAGAUCAAGAAGAGGGAGUCUGUGAUUACUGCUGAUCCAUUGUCCAACGAAGCCAUAUUCAAGAACCGGUUUGGUCUUAAAUGA